CCGGCUUUCCUGCCCAGGUGUUGGGAUCAGGAAGGAGCCAGGAGGAGCUGGAGCCUCGGCCAGGUCUCUGUGAGGGUGUCCAGGGAACCUCGGGCUGGACAUGAAGAUCUCCUUGGCCCUGCUCGUCCUGCUGCUGGCAGCUGCCUGGACUGGGAGCCAGGGACUGUCCUUCCGCAGGUCCAGCCCCAGCUGCUGCUCCAAGGGAAUGUUCUCCCGUCGGAAAAUCCCCGAGUUCAAGAUCCUGGGCUACCUGGAAACAGCCUCCAGCUGCACCCACAGGGCUGUUCUUGUGAAGCUGGCAAAGGGGAUGGUCUGCGUGGACCCAGAGGAGAAAUGGUUCCAGGAGUACCUGAGGAAGCAGAAGAAGCCAAACAGCACCUCCACGUGAAGCUGCCUUCCCCACAUCUCUAUUUAAUUGUACCCCAUAAUCCUCUGUGUGUUUUUGUGUCACUCAUUAAUUUAACAGAGCUGGCUCUGUCCCCUCCCCUGCACUCAAUAAACCCUCCUGU